GCCAUCAUGUGGGACCUUGUGACGGCCGGCAAGGUGGCACUGACCCUGAUAGUAGGGCUGGUGUCAGUAGUGGCGGGCCGCGCGCUCAGCUGCCGCCGGCGCCGCUACCGCUUCAGCAGCGCCGACCUGAGCGACGCCGACCUCGAGCCAGCCUCGCUGCGCGGCAGCGAGGACCGGCUGGCCCAGGGCCUGCGCAUUCCCACCGUCUCAACGUCCCGGGACGACCCGCCGCCGCGUGAGCAGCUGCUUCGCUACCACCAGCACCUUCGCGACAGCUUUCCGACGGUGUUCAGCUCGCACGCGGUGACGGUCGAGGUGGUAAACGAGCUGAGCCUGCUGCUGACGGUGGCCGGCAGCGAGCCCCAGCUGUCGCCCUACCUCCUGCUCUCGCACAUGGACGUGGUGCCGGUCGUCGAAGAGCACUGGAGCUGGCCGCCGUUCGACGGCCUCGUCCAGGACGGCUACAUCAUCGGCCGCGGCGCUAUCGACGUCAAGCAGACGACGCACGCCAUCCUGGAGAGCCUGGAGCGGCGGCUGCUGGCCGGCGACCUGCCACGCCGCCCGCUGAUCGUGGCGCUCGGGCACGACGAGGAGGUGUCGGGGCGGGAGGGCGCCGCGCGAAUUGGCCACCUGUUGGAGCAGCGCGGCGCGCGCCCGCUCUUCGUGCUCGACGAGGGCAUCACGCUGAUGCAGGGCUUCUUUCCGGGAGUGCGCCAGCCACUGGCCGUGGUCGGCGUGAGCGAGAAGGGCUACCUGGCGCUGGAGGUGACGGCGCGCGGCCAGGCCGGCCACUCGAGUAUCCCGCCGGUUCCAACGGCUGUCGGCCGGCUGGCGCGCGCCGUCAACCGGCUGCACGCCGACCCGCAGCCGGUGCUGUUCGGGCGCGGGCCCGAGAUGGAGCUGCUGCGCGUCAUGGGGCCCGUGGCGUCGCCGCCGUUCCGGCUCGUCUACGCCAAUCUGUGGCUGUUUGGCGCCGUGCUGAAGCGCGCCUUCCUGAAGAACCCAGCCUUGCGCGCCAGCGUGCAGACCACCACCGCCGUCACCGUGCUCAGGGGUGGGUACAAGGAGAACGUGGUGCCGGCGCACGCCAGCGCUAUCAUAAACCACCGCAUCUCGCCGCUGCAGGACCGCGACGACGUGAUGGCGUGCGACCGCAAUGCCAUCUCAGACCCGGAGAUGGAGUUUGAAGUUCUGCACCACUCGCCGGCGUCGCCCAUCUCGCCGUACGGGGAGGAUGACGCGCCGUUCGGCCUGCUAGCCGGCACUGUGCGGCAGCUUUACGGCGAUGAUGUUCUGACGGCGCCGGCCGUCAUGGUGGCCAACACGGACACGCGCCACUACCUCCACCUCACCGACAACGUGUACCGUUUCAACCCCAUCGUGCUGCGGCCGGAUCAGCUCGGCAUGUUCCACGGCAACGACGAGAGGAUCUCCGUCGAGAACUACCACAACUGCAUCCGAUUCUAUUAUAGGCUGAUGAAGAAUAUGGAGAGCGAUGCCGUGGUAGCUCAAAUGCCUUAGAUCACGGUGAUGGACACGCCCGCACAGUGAAGGGGGCCGCAGGAUCCAGGGGACGAGAUAGACCUCGAAAUGUACGCGCGAGUCUGGCUCAGCAGGUGGGGCGGCGAGGUACCGGUCUGGCUCGGCAGGUCGGGCGGCAGGGUACCGGCCUGGCUCGGCAGGUCGGGCGGCAGGGUACCGGCCUGGCUCGACAGGUCGGGCGGCAGGGUACCGGCCUGGCUCGACAGGUCGGGCGACAGGGUACCGGCCUGGCUCGACAGGUCGGGCGGCAGGGUACCGGUCUGGCUCGACGGUCGGGCGGCAGGGUACCGGUCUGGCUCGACAGGUCGGGCGGCAGGGUACCGGUCUGGCUCGGCAGGUCGGGCGGCAGGGUACCGGCCUGGCUCGGCAGGUCGGGC